AUGCAUAUUCUACUAAAAUUCAUUACAACAGCGUUUUUUCUAGCCUCAUUGUGUGGAAGUUAUGAACUUAACAAGGUAAAUACAAAGUGUAAUAUUCCAUUGGUAAUUCGUGGACAAUGGUAUUCUUGGGAAAAUGGACGCAGUACAACAACAGAAAUUGAUGCAACAAGUAUGUCUAAACGAGGAAAUUGCAUUCGAUCAAUGGAAGAAAAUCAGGUGAAUUUCACAUUUGUAUUUCAAAAGAGUGCUGGGGAUUGUUAUACUUGUGUUAAAUUUAUGGUUCGAACUGUUAAUGUAUUGGAUAAAAUGGAAAGUGUUUGUAUGACUCUAAAUCCUAAUGAGUAUGAAUCUCCUGACAAAAUAUGUCAAUUCCAAGACACACAAUUAAUUACAUUGUUUUCGGAAAAUUAUAUACCCGUAAACUGUCGGUCCAGUCUUGAAGGCGUAUGGCAAUUUGCAUACCAGAACCGUUUUCGUUUCACUGGUGAAUGUAAUAAUCCUGAAGCACAAAUUAAAUCUUGUCAAACUGCAGGAACACAGUUUUUAAUAACUAAUCAAAAAUUUAACAUAACAUACAAAAAAUGCCCUGGUAUGACGGGCACAUUUGAUGGAGUUGUUGAGUACAGUUGCUUAGGAGACUGGUUCGUAGACAAAAAUCAUUUCUUUGCUGUAGCUAAUACUAAAGAAUCUCGAAAAGAUGAAAAAUAUCGAUGUUUCUUAAAAAAUCGUGAUGAUGAUUUGUAUAUUGGUGUGUCUAUUACGGCUGAGUGUAAUACACUUCAGACAGUAGAAAAAAGUCCAGAGAGAUUACAUAUAAAUCCUGUAAAAGCUGAGGUUGUGGAGGCAGGUUGUCGACUACCUCAAAAUUUUAGUGGUGAAUGGGUAAACACGGCCAAUAUGGAUGCUGAUGUAUUCAUCAAUGAAACUCAUGUAAUUGAAACAUGGUAUCCAGAUGAAGCAAGAUUUAGAAAAACGAUAUACGUAUGUCGUGAACAAAGAGGAUCUCGUUAUAUGAUGGCACGGCUCACUGUUGAUGGAUGCCAAAAAGAUUAUGUAUGUUUCGAUUUUGUGCCCAGACAUCACAAUAUUAUUCGUUAUAGAAGAGGUAUAGCAUUUAUUAGAGAUAAUUUCCAUACUGUAUGCUCUUGGGUACAAUUUCCCAAUAAAGAUAAUUGGAAAUAUGAUAUUUUUGUCUCCAAAAAUCCAGUUCCUAUAAGAUGCCCAGUUGCAGGUAAAUUCAACUUCACUCARCAUGGUGAUUUUUUGUUUGAAACUCGUAUUCUUGGUGGUGUUACACUAUCACCUCGUCCACAAAUUACAUGCAAGGAUGUAAUAUCAGAUUUUGCUGCUUGUGAUGGUGAUCAAAAAGAGAUUACUAUUGAUGAAUCAUUUUGCCUUGAUGUGGAUCAUCGUGGACAGCCUGUAGACAUUUAUAGUGAUCCAGACUACCGAUUACAUUGCAUAGGUUACUGGAAGGAAAAUUUGAAGUCUUAUUUAGUGACUUAUGAUCCUCUUGAUGCUGCUAGCAUGUAUAGAUGUUGGGUAUAUCAACGAGCUGAUCUUAACCGUGUACUAAUGUCACAAGCUAUUGGUUCAUUUUGUGAUCUUAAACAAGAUGCAUUUAGUAGUAAUUUUACUGAAGGAGCCACUGUUGCUAUUGAGAUGACCGAAUAUGAACGUGAAAGAGAUCAAUGUCCAAUGUAUUUUGAUGAUGGCGCUAAUCCAUGGAUUCAUGCAGAUAAUUAUAUACAAGUUUUUAAAUAUGGGCGAUCAUCUACAUUAAUUGUUUCAUCCAGUUUGCUCUCAGUGGCCAUUCUCUUUACCAUUCUGUUGUAAAUUUUAAUUGGUUUGUCUCACUGAGCUUUMAUUUACACUUUAAGUAGCAUUAUCAAAUAUUUGUUCAGAUUUAAUUAUUUAUUCAUUGUUUAUGUAUGAUACCCGACAUCCUUUUUAAAUAUUA